UGACAGCAAUAGCUAGCAAUGCGUCUUCUCUUCUGCGUUGCUCUCCUCCUCGCUCCGGCGUCGGCGCUGCUGCGCCAGCCGGCGCUGCUCCGCACGGCGCCGGCCGCCGCGCCCCUCCGCGCGGCCGCCCCGCAGAUGAUCCUCGGGAGCAAGACCUUCCGCAAGGCGGUCCUGAGUGUGCGCCGCUCCUCCACGAUUAAGGGAUGCUCGCCGGGUGACGGCAGCGUGGGCGGUGGCAGCGGCGUGGGCGGCGGCAACGGCGCGCAGAUGUCGGCCGGCGGCGACGACGACGAGAGCAACCCAUUCGCCAGCGCGUGGAAGAAGUACAACGAGCUGCUCGACGAGAAGCCGCUCCUAAUGAAGGCAUUCACGUCCUUCCUCGGCUUCGCCAUCGGCGACAUCCUGGCCCAGAUCUUCAUCCAGAAGCAGGACUUCGACUGGUACCGGCUCUUCCGCCUCGCCAGCUUCGGCUUCCUCGUGCACGGCACCUCGUCGCACUGGUUCUACGGGAUGCUCGACAGCGCCAUCCCCGGCAAGGGCGCGCAGCCGGUCUUCACGAAGGUCUUCAUCGACCAGGUGCUGUGGAACCCAAUUUUGGGCAUCAUGUUCUUUUCGUACGUCGCGUGCCUCGAGUGGAAGGGCCUGCAGUACGUCAUCGACAAGACCCGCAACGAGCUGUUGAGGCAGGUGACCGGCAGCUGGAAGGUCUGGCCCCUCGCGCACGCCAUCAACUUCCGCUUCAUCCCCAGCUCCCAGCGCGUCCUCUACAUCAACAGCAUCCAGAUCGGCUACAACUGCUUCCUCUCCCUCAUCUCGAACCGCGACGCCGAGGCGGCGUAGGCUCGGCGGCGCCUCCUCGCGGGGGCGGCGGGCUGCGGCUCCGACAGGCACCGCGUCUCGCUCCAGCGCCAAGCCUUCUGCGUGUUUGCGAUUGCGCCUGCGAGGCGGGCCGUGUGGGAGCGACGAGGAUUACGACAUGUGCAUGCGACGCAUCGAUGGUCCUUGUUUUCAUGCUCGACGGCGCCACACUUGGGCAGCCACGUAUAGCAUACGCGCUCGCUGCGCGCAGGUAGCGGAUUGCGGUUCCGCAGCAGUCUGUGUAUGAAAUCCAGAUAUGAAAUCCAGAAACUUGCUCAGAUAAAACGGGGAUAACACGGAUGCAGUGCGCGCGCGAGCGCGCGAGACGUGAGACUCGCUCACCGCACGACUCUCUCGCUCCCCCCACCCGACUGGGUCCGCUACACCGUCCGCAGACCGCACCGGCCGACAGCGACACCACACAAAAGACCAACCGGCGCGCCGCGGGAUCCGGGAACUGGUCUCGCGCACACACACCUCCCAGGGCUCGACGAACCGCGCGCCGGUCCGGCACUCAAGACGCGAGGCUAGCUCCGCCUUCCCCCGACCCUCAUCCCAACCAUCUAUGACGGACGGACGCGUCGCCCGCCCGCCGUACCCCCCACACCAACCGCACGGCCCGAGGGGCCUUGCGCGCGGGCGGCGCGGGGGCGGCGGGCGGACGGCGGGUGUCCCGCUCAGCGCCCGUUCGGAGAGCUUCAGUCGAGCUCCAUUGGCUGCUUGGCGGCCUCCUUGGUCUCCUUGGUGUUCACGAGCUGCUUGACGGUCUUGUUGAUCGAGCCGUCCGACAUGACGAGCAUCUUUUUGUUGAGCGCGCGGUCGUCGAAGCCCAUCUCGGCGAGGUCGUCGAGCAUCGUGUCCCACUCCACCUCGGAGAGCGCCGUCAGGGCGGUCACGCACCGCUCGAGGUUGACGCCCUCGGCGCCCGUGUUCUUGUCGACAACGCCGCGGACCAGCUCGGCGUCCUCAAAGCCCAUGGCCGCGAGCUCUGCCGCGGCAACCUCCUUCAGGGCGGACGCGUCGCGCGUAGCAGCCUGGACCGCCUCGGCCGCCUCGGCCGCCUCGGCCGCCUUGCGAGCUGCCUCGGCCUCCUUGAGCUUGGUCGUCGCCUCGGCCGCCUCGGCCUCAGCAGCCUGGGCGACAGCGAGCUCCGCAGCGAGCUUGGCCUCGUCCUUGCGAGCCGCCUCGGCCGCCUCGGCCUCCUUGUGCGCCGCCUCUGCCGCCGCGGCCGCCUUGCGAGCCGCCUCGGCCGCCUCGUUGGCGGCGCCCUCAGCCUCGGCCCGCGCCUCGGCCGGGGCCUCUUGGUUGGGCGCGAAGAGCGUCUGCUCGCCGACGGGCACUCCGGUGCGCUCCUCAAUCAUGCGCUUGAGCGUCUGGACGUCGGUCGACUCGUCGACGCCCUCGAGCGUCAGCGCGCCGUGCGGCCCGUGCACGACAACGCGGCGGCCCGCCGACGGCGCCUUGGCGCGCUCGUCGUCGUCGUCGUCCGCCUCGUCCUCGUCGCCGUGCGGCAAGGUGCGCGCCGACGCGAACAUCGCGACAUCCUCCGCCGACGGCUCCUGCACGGGCCCGUCCGGGUCGGCCACCACCUGAAUGUGCACCCACACGCGCUGCCCAAACUUGCGGCGGCCGUGCGGGCCGGUGAGGCGCCAGUAGCCGACGUAGCGGCCCGGCUCGGCGGGCGCGACCAUGUCGACCGCCACAUCGACGGCCGCGCCCGGCAGCACGGGGCCGAUGUCGGGGAGGUCGACGGCCGAGUCGGCGGAGAGCUGGUCGCCGCCGACGAAGGUGAGCUUGCAGCCCGGCAUCCACGGCACGGUGCCGGAGUUCUUGAGGCGCCAGAUCUUGGUGAAGGCGGCCCGCGGGGCAACCUCGGUGCCCUCGUGCACAGACACGUCAGAGACGAAGCGCGCCGCCAGACGGCGCGGGUCGCCGUCCGCGCCGUGGCCGGACUCGCGGUGCGGGUGGCACGCCCGCCGCCCGGCGGGGGCCCACGGGGGCGCCCACCGCUCUCCCGGGCCGCCGCCUCCGAAGCCGCCGCCUCGGAAGCCGCCGCCCCACGAGCCGCAGCGGCCGUAGCCUCCGCCGCGGCGCCACGGGCCGCCGCGGCCGCACGGCGGCGGGAUGGCGC